AUGGAGUCCAAAAAGUCUAACAAGAUCAGGCAGAUAGUGAGGCUCCAACAGAUCCUCAAGAAGUGGAAAAACGUAGCAAAUGCACCAAAGAACACCAGUAGCAGCACCAACUCCAGCACUGCCACCACAAGCGGCGGCGGCAGUAGGAGUAUCAAGUUCCUCAAGAGAACACUAUCUUUCUCCGACGUGAAUUCGGAGGGUAUCCCCAAAGGGUUCUUGGCGGUUUGCGUGGGGAAAGAGCUGAAGCGAUUCAUAAUCCCGACGGAGUAUCUGGGGCAUGAAGCGUUCCGGAUUCUGCUCCGGCGAGCGGAGGAGGAGUUCGGGUUUCAACAGGAAGGAGUGUUGAAGAUACCUUGUGAGGUCGCGUUGUUCGAGAAGAUCCUGGACGUGGUUCAACACAAGGAUGAGAAUAGCCUCUUGUUAGUGUUGCACGAGCUUGCUGACAAAGAAAUCAUGGCUUGCUGUUCGCCGGACUGUGAGUUAACGUCAUCUCAUUGUCCUCAAACGUGUAGAUGA